UAUGCCAACCUCUAACCUCCUUUUAAGCGGGGCCAUCCAUUUCUCUGGAUGUUUGGCCACCCAGACAUUACGGAUGAUGACCCUGUUUGGCCUUCAGUGCAUCAGCGCAAGCACUUUCUUUCGCCAUCAGCGCCGUUACACCAUCCCCGUCAUCAUUCAGGCCUGGCAGAACGAGCAGGCCAAGAAUUUUAGUGACCUCAAGGCAAUGGAUGGAGGCCUAGUAGUUGCUGGUGACUGCAGGUCAGAUUAUCCAGGGCACUGUGCAAAGUACGGCUCCUACACAUUGAUAGAGGACAGAGUAAACAAGGUAGUUGAUGUUCAGCUUGUUCAGAGCUCAGAGGUCCCCAACAGCUCUUGGUGUGAGAUGGAGGGGCUCAAGCGCAGCAUCGGCUUGCUGAGGCGGAACGACCUGCAUUUGUCAACCCUCAUCACAGACAGACAUCGCCAGGUUGCCAAAUGGGUGAGAGAAGAGCUGUGCCCUGAAGGGACACAGCAUUAUUUUGAUGUCUGGCACAUUGGGAAAAGUCUGGGGAAGGCCUUGGAUACAGCCUCAAAAGACAGACAGUGUGAACAACUACAGUUGUGGAGGCCAGCCACAGUAAACCACCUGUACUGGACUGCAGCCUCAACCCCUGAUGGCAAUCCAGCUGUGAUGGAGGCCAAAUGGAGAAGCUUGGUGAAUCACAUUCAGGACAUCCACGACCAUGACACCCCUGCCUUCUCCAGUUGCGCUCAUGCCCCUCUGGAGGGGGAUCAACGAGAUAAAGAGUGGCUGGAACCAGGCUCAAUGGCAGCAGUAAAACUGGAGGGUAUCAUCACAAGGACAUCCUUACUGAAGGAUGUUCGACAGCUGUCUCCGCAGCACCAGACUUACUCCCUUGAAGCCUUCCACUCCCUGAUCCUGCACUUCGCACCCAAGCACACUGGGUUUUCAUACCAGGGCAUGUAUAGCAGGCUUCUCUUAGCGGCGCUGCAUUACAACUGUAAUGCGAACAGAGAGACCGCACGAAGAAGCGAUGGUUUGGAGAGGUAUAGCGUGCGAUAUCCACGUUUCAGAAAAGGUGCCUGGGUAGUUGUGCCCAUCAAAGAGAAGGCCUCAUACGGUUAUGCAACGUCAUUAAUCGAGGCUCUUCGGGAGAGCUACAUGGAUUCACCCAAGGCUCUUCAAGAGGUUAGCGCCAAUUUGUCAGCCUGUGCACCCGCCCCCAUCGCCAAAUCCUUCGAACAAAUUCCCAAGGAGGAGGCCGUCAGCCUCUAUCUAGCCAGCAGUCACGCUACAAAAAAUUGA